ACACGAUCCAGGCCUUUGACUUCGUGAGAGAUAAUCCGGCUGCGAGAGCAAUCGAAAACCUCUGGAGAUCCAGGCCAUCUUCUCGGAUCUGGCAGUCAAUGACUUCAACACUCUCUUCGCUCUAGUCUCACAUCCCCAAGGCUCUUUCCUCGUUCCUCUAUCCACUUUGCAAUGACGAGCUACGCACUGCAUUACCUCUCCAAGAUUCCAGAGUCGAUCACGGACAAGAAUUCGCCAGCUUGGAACAGAGACAGCAUGUUUGUCUCCAGAUCCUCGCCACUCGUGGCAAUCGAAGCCUUUGCCCAGCAAGCCAGCGACGAUCUCUCCAUCUUCCUCCAUAGCCGGGCCCAAGAAUUAGUCACCGGAGGCAUCCUCCUCUUGAUGUUUCCCAUAAGACUCUCCCACGAGCUCAACGAGGCCGAUUUCCCCUUCCAAUCAGUGUGGAAGGAUCUCAUCCAAGAGGGGCUUGUGAGCCAGGAAAGCUUGGAUACUUUCAAUUUCCCUGCGUAUCUUCGCAGUGGGGACGAGGUCAGGUCAUCUGGACCAGCAAUUCACUGUCAUUCACUUGGAAAAUCUCAAGUUUCCUUGGCUGGAUCCAAAAUCUUCCAGCUAUGCUGCCACGGCAACCAAGUAUUGGAAAGCUCUUCAUCCAGAAGCACAUUGGCAACCAGGAAGUGGUGGAGCUCAUGUAUGAGCGAAUGCCAUCCAAGGUUACGGUGUCGUCUCCUUCUGGAGAGCUGGAUAUUGUCUUGCUUGUUCUCGUCAAGAAGUAAUAUUUGGAGGAUGACGCUGUCUAUUGGGAAGCACUUUCACGAUCAAUGUCCUUGAGCUUGGCUAGGCCCA